AUGGACGAUACCCCCAUAAAUAAAAUCCCUCAAACUUGGUGUUUUAUACUGAGGUGCCAGAUACUUGAACUCAUGCUUGCAUCUAUGAAGGAAAUAACAACGUCUUUUAUCCCACAGCAGCGUCUACAGCUUCUCCGGAUUGACCUCAAUCAUCUAGAUAUUACUUCUGGUAUAACUUCUCCUUCUGUUACGCGUUAUUUCAUGCCGCGAAGAAAUACACCGAAGAUAGAUAAGAUACGUGCAGAUCCAAGCUGGGACUGGUUUCUAUCUCAAAAAGGUAUCUACGGCAAGGGAACUCUCAGUGCAAACUAUCUACUUCGGCGUGUGUUCACGGACUACCAGGACUGGAGUAUUCCAGAAUUUUGUCUACAUGAGCUGGAUGAAGCAAAAAGCCAAGAAAAAGAGAAUGAUGAGAAUUCUAUUUUCCAAUCGGCUCACCUUGGGAACACUAAAGAUGACAAGAUAAGCGAUGGAGAGGACAACCCGAAUAAUAUGGAAGCUAGCUUGAGUGAGGAAAUAGACAGUGACAAUGCCAAAGAAGGGAAAAUUAUGGAUCCCCAAAAGCAUGGUGAGAGUGAUGAAGAGGACGACAAGAGCGAAGAGAGCAUUGACGAGAGCUGCGAACGAAAUGAUGAAAGUAACGAGAAAGGCGAGAAGAAUGAAAUGGGGAUUGUGAAUGCUUUGGAUCUGGAUAUCCGCAAUUACCAGACGGAUGACUGGAAAGUCUACUGGUACCAAAGACUAUACAAUAUUGAUCUCCCCGACAAGAAACACGGAAUCAGUAUCGCCAGGUCAAUGGAGCUAAAUAACCCGCUCAACUGCCAUGCGUGGGCUCUGGUAGAUGUGACCUUAUGCGGUCGUGAUCGCCCCUCGGCUGCUGAACUCAUAGCCUUAGUUAGCUGGGGGUUGAGAGGCAUGUUUUGUCAAAUAGAAUCGCUCACCAACGGAACUCAGCCAGAGCAUCUCAGUGAAGUUUUCCCAACCAUGAUUAUAGUGUUCGACCAACAAUGCUGUGCCCGUGUACUAUAUGGUUACUUUGAUGGUAGAUUUCAAGUCCAAUUUACCCCGGUCUUGAAUUUUAAAGAAUUUACCGAAGUCAGAUCGUCAACCUUGAAUGGUUAUAUGGAUCAAAUUGACAAGAAAAAAUACUACGACAUGAUGCACUCACUGCUUCGUUGGGCAUGGCCUCUCGGCCAUCAUCUCACUACUAUCGCUCGGCCCUAA